ACGAAGAGCGUAAAACUUGAGAUAAAAUUUUGAGGUGCGUUCGUCACGCACACAAAGAGGCCGCAAAGAUUUUACCACGCUUGGAAUGUUUCCACUCCCGUGAAUUUAGCGAAGUGGGUUUUUUCUCUAUCAUUCGGAUUUGACUGAUCAUCUUUCUCUCUUGUUCUUUGCGAGGGUUUCUCGCCAUGGCGCCUUCCUCUUCUUCUUCUGGUCAUGGCGCUUCCAAGUUCCUUGGCGACCUUCCUUCCCGUGGCUUCUUCUCUUCCACCGUUCCCUCCUCAAAUCCGGGAAGUAUGCGGGUGUACAUCUGCCUUCAUGACACUGCACCGCCAGAGGAUCAAGAAAUCAAGACAAACCAGCAGAAUAUACUAAUUAGAUCUUUGAUGCUUAAAAAUUCCAGCUCGAAGGAUGGAAAAGGAGUAGCUACAGGGGAGUCAUCUCGAAAGAGGGCUGGGGAAAAAAUUUCAGAUAGCAGAGCAAAGAAGGCCGCACAAGUAUGUUCAUCCAAAGGAGCAUCAAACAAUGAAACACCAACUAAGGAUCUACAGAAUUUGACUGUAGAGAGGCUGCGUGCCCUUCUCAAGGCUAAAGGCCUCUCGCUCAGAGGAAAGAAGGAUGAAUUAAUUGCCCGUUUGAGAAGCGCGGAUGGGUAGACGAUGACUGCUAAAGGAGUGAAACAUCUGUCAGCUGCAAAUCUUCAUCGGCAUAAUUAGGCAAAUGAAACCGAGGAAGUUGUGGAUUACUGUUUUCUCAACAUUUAAAUGUGUAGUUAGGAGUAGUUUGGGUGUACUUAGAAUUUGCACCAAUGGUGGUUUUUGGAAAACCAAGGCGCUGAUCCAUUAAUAUCUGUAUUCAUUUUGAUGAUGGGAACAAAGCGUUCAUAGUUAUAAAUUACAGAGAUGAAUUAAGGUGUGUUUUUCUCACUUUCUUUGUUUAAAUCUUCUCUAUUUGAAAUUC